UGAGGCGGUUGGGUUUUGUUGACCCGAUCCACUACGAUCCAUAGUAUAUAACGGCGAUUCCUCAUCUCUCUCAUACACAUUAUUAUAUCGUUUAGAGAGGGUUAUAGAAAGUUUGGUACUGCGCUACAAAAGAAUUAGGUUUUCCGAAAUAAGGGUUUUUGUGGAAGCUUUUCGAAUCGAUAAGGAUGAUCUACGACGUCAACUCUCCUCUCUUUAGAUCCUUCCUUAGCCAGAAGGGAGGUUCUUCUGACAAGAGGAAAAAUGAAGAGCAGAAGCCGAAGGAACAGAGGCCAAAAGCUAAUGAGAAUAAGCCUGUUAUGAAUGAGUAAUGGCUGUAUGCAAUGAUACCUUAGCAUGGGUAGGUUCAAGCUCUUUUAAGUUCAAUUAUGGUGGUUGGUGAUUUCUUUUUUUUAAGUAACAUGGCAAUUGCUGAGACUGCGACUUUUGAUUUUGCACGAGUUCCCUUCCUAUGUACUGUCUGAAAAUAGAUAUUAUUAUGAUUGUUGCAGAGGCUAAGCUUUGUAAAAUUUAGUUUGCUAAGUGAGUUCAUACUUCCCGGUAUGAUAAAUCAAUCACUAAUGCUAUCUAUGAAAUUAUGUUUGCUCCCUAAAA